CCCGCCGCAGACAUAGGAGGUGCCAAAGAUGCAAUGAAGGAGAGUUUUGUGGUAGAGCAAUCAGAACCGCUGGCCAAUCCAAAGGAUAGUGGCGAACCAAAGCGUAAGGUCGUGAAGCGGAACAGUAAGCUAGAGAAGGACAGGGAGUUGUUGCAACUUGCCCAGAGGUACCAUGGAGUGGUAGCGGAGAGGGAUGCAGCCAUUGCAGUUAAAGAAAAAUUAGAAUCUCUUUGUAGAGAAUUUCAGCGUCAAAACAAAAUGUUAAAGGAAGAGUGCCAAAGGGUGUCAACAGAGGGGCAGAACUUUCGGAUGGAGAUGUCCGACAAAUUCGAGAAUGCUAUGAAGGCUGUCAGUGUCAAGCUUGAGGAGCAGAAAAAUGAAUGCAUUGCUCAGUUUGAAGAGAACAAUUCGCUGAGAAAUAAACUCAAAGACCUUGCUGAUCAAUAUAAUAUCAUUCAGCAGAAAUAUGCUCAUCAGCUGAAAGAAAAGACGCUGGAACUUGAGCUUGCUGAUCUGAAAAUUCAACAGCAUCAAGCGAAAGCAGCUCAAGAACAUGCCCAAAUGGUAUUGUAUGCUGAGCAAGUUUCUCAACUUGUCACUACUGAGAAGAACCUGCGGGUGCAGCUAGCUGCUGAUGGUGAAAAAUUUCAGCAGUUUCAGGAUGCCCUGUCAAAAAGCAAUGAAGUGUUCGAAACUUACAAGAAGGAAAUGGAACAGAUGGUGAAGGCGAUAAAAGACUUUAGGAAGCAAAAUGAAGCCCUGAAGAACAAGUGCGAGAAUUCAGAUAUUGCUCUUGUGAAGCUCAUUGAGGAGCGUGAGGUGAUGAAGAAGCAACUAGACAAAUAUAAGAAUCAAAAGGACAAACUCGAGUCCCUGUGCCGGUCGCUACAGGCAGAAAGGAAACAAAGCCCAUCUGUCAGUAUUCCUAAUGAUGCCUCUAACCAAGAAGAUGUUACAAGUCAGAAACAAAGCCCAUCUUCCAGUAUUCCUGAUGACGCCUCUAACCAAGAAGAUGUUACAAGUCAGCAGCCAGAGGUAUAGCGUUUUGGUGCUUCAUGGUGCAUGCCCUUGGUGCUGCUGCUCUCUAUGGUAUAACUUGGCGAGAUUUUCUGAAUCCUGGCAAACGAUAUAUGCAAUACUUUUACCCUGCUUUGCUUGUGAUUCUCUGGGAGCUGUGGUAUGUGUAUAUCACACACCCAACCGAAACUAGUUGCCUAAAUAUCUCAUCGUUUGAGCAAUUUCAGAGUGGCUUUGGUUUCUCAGUGCAAAGAGCUGUCGAGUUCGAGUUUGUAACCAGACCAGUGUUACAAUUUGUUCCUUUUUCGUGUGAUUGGAUGGUAGAACAUCAGUCUUUUAGAAACAAACCGAAUGUGUGCACUGGUGAACUGAUCAACAUUCUGUGUUAAGCAAGUUUUAUACUUAUAUUA